AUGUUUGGAAUAGCUCUUCCGUCUAUGGUAUUCCCUGAGCCGCAUGUUGCGGGCGCCUCCAGCGCGGAGGCAGAUCCCGCGUCAUCGGGGACCCCUUGUGGUCUUGUGAGAACGCUCCAGGCGAUAUGCCGCCCCGGCGACAUCAAUCAAGUUGCGUUUGAAAGUUUGGGCAUCAAGACCUACUACGAUGCCACGCUUGCGGAGGUCAUUCCCGAUCCAACCUAUAUCCCUGACUUCUCGACUUGGGAUACACUUACCACAGAUGUCCUGCGCGAAACUAACGCCUCGACUCGCUUACCCCUGAAUAAUGGUAAUCUAUCUCCCGGCUGCCAAACCUAUGCUGAGCGUAAGGCGGAGCUCUCGAUUUCGAACGCAGAUGCGUUCCGCACUGUUCGACGUCUGCCUCCCGCCAAAGGGAAGCCUCAUGUUAGACUAGGGAACUCGUACGAGUUCUUCCGAUGCCUAGAGUUGUUCACCUCAUAUUGGGAUGACCCCACCGCUCCUCCUCCGGAGCCGGUCCAAGUAGAGCCCACGCCCGAGACUGCUGCGCAAGGAGAGGAGGCCAGUGGCGCAGCACCCCCUCCCCAGUCUGAUGAUGCUGCAUACUAUCGAACUACGACUGGAUCAUCGAUGCCCGCCGAGCAUAGGCACUCCCUUCUGUCGGCUUUUAUCCGCCUUGUUGCUUACGACUUUGGCUGCAAUGUCACCACCCCUCGUACCGAACCCCGCCUUACUCUUUGCACUCCCAAAACCGGGGCGCCUCGGGGCCAGCAGACUCGAAAGUCCUAUGUCCCGUCUGGCUGCAUCUUUGUCUUUCGCACCCCAUCCAAACGGGAGCAUGCCCGAGCCGGCAUGGUCGAGGGUCCUGUGGCAGCUGUUAGUGCGCGGGGCACCAUCAACCUUGACGUAGAGUUAGAAAAGAACCAGGAUCUGGCGAGAGAGGGUCAGUGGUGGACAACGAAGAAGCGCUGGGGCGGCGGUUCCGGCGGCCCCAUUGGCCGCGAACUUGAUGGCGACGACAUGCUUGGAGAUAAGGACUCCACCUCGCCGCCUAUGAAGAAGCCGCGCAAGACCAUGGCCGUGUACGAUAAUUACCGCAUGGUCCGCCCGCCUGCCUUCUCGUGGGACAAGAAGACGCGCUACGAGGCCAUUGGCCGCCCAUCUGGCGGCGCAGACUAUGACGACAUUUUUGUCAUUAGCAGCUUGUUCCACCACGUAUCUGUCUUGCGGCUACGCGUGCCCAAGAGGCUGCUCGAGGUCCUAGACGGCGCCGACGAGGACACGGCUAAGAGCUGGGGCGAUCUCGUGCUCUGGCGGAGCAAGUGGUACGACUUCUUCAAGGAAGAGGAGAGGAUCCAGGCUGUGCAGCUACUCUGGUCUCUUUUCUCGUACCAGAUGCGAAAGUCUGACGGAGAGGAUACCGCUAUGGCGGGCUAA